GGAAAUAAUCAUAAUUUACAGUUGGAGUACAGAAGAUGGAUAAACAUAUUCCAGUAUGCCAGACGUUGGAACUGUUUUCUCAAGACAAUCAGCAGAGCGACAUCAACAGCAACAACAAGAGCGACAACAACCAUGACCAGGAAACUAUUCCAAAAACAAUUGAAAUCGCGUUAGAGGCCUCGGAAAACACAGAAGGCAGAAUUUCAACGGACCCGAAAAAGGCCACGCGACGUGAGAAACCAGAUGCCGGAAGUAAACAACCGUCUAGAAGAACAGAUCACAAGGAAGAUUGGUUGUCGGUACAGGUAAUCCUCAGAGUAUUUCAACCGGGAUGUAUUACUAUGACGGCACAGGAUUUCAACCUAUAAGAGAUCCACAAAUGCCGUCAGAGAUUGG